GAGACGUGGCCCCGCCCCCUGAUGUGUCCGCGUGCUGUUGCUGACGGUGAGCUCACACGGUCUGAGAGAAGCUCGCGACCAGCUCUGCACCGACCGUUACCGUUAACCAGCUCAACUAACGGACACCUAACGGACCAGCUACCGAAACUAACAACUGACGAAGGCGUUUUAUCAGGUUGACUGGCAGUAAAGUGAUCCUAUGAUGGAGGAGCUUCACGACGUCCAGCUGACUGAGAUCAAACCACUGCUGACAGGACAGAAUGGGAGAAAUCUCCAGGACUUUGACUGUCAGGAGCACGAUGUUGAGACGUCCCACGGUGUGCUGCACGUUACCAUGAGGGGAGUUGCUAAGGGCAACCGACCCACAAUCCUCACCUACCAUGACAUCGGGCUCAACCAUAAGUCCUGUUUCAACAGCCUGUUUAACUACGAGGACAUGCAGGAAGUGACACAGCAUUUCUCAGUCCUGCAUGUUGACGCACCAGGACAGCAGGAGAACGCUCCUGUGUUCCCUACAGGGUACCAGUACCCGUCCAUGGACGAGCUGGCUGAGAUGCUGCCGUCUGUGCUGACACAGCUUCAAGUGAAGAGUGUGAUUGGUAUCGGCGUUGGAGCUGGAGCCUACAUCCUCACCAAACUGGCUCUGAAUGAGCCCACUUUGGUUGAAGGUUUAGUUCUGAUCAACAUCGACCCCUGUGCCAAAGGCUGGAUGGACUGGGCUGCCUCUAAGCUGAGUGGCUGGACGAGCAACCUGGUGGACACGAUCAUGGGACACCACUUCAGCCCUGACGAGUUAACGGAGAAUAAGGAGAUCAUCCAGACGUACAGACUCCACGUCUCUCAGGACAUACCACAGGACAACCUGGUCAUGUUCUACAGCAGCUACGACAGUCGUGCUGAACUGCAGAUGGAGCGGCCGGUCUUUGGUCUGAAUGAAGACACAGUCACCACUCUCAGGUGUCCUGCUCUGCUGGUGGUUGGAGACACGUCGCCUGCUGUUGAUGUCGUGGUGGAGUGUAACUCCAGACUGAACCCGACUAAGACCACCCUGCUCAAGAUGGCAGACUGUGGAGGACUUCCUCAGGUGGUGCAGCCUGGAAAACUAGCCGAGGCCUUCAAGUACUUUGUCCAGGGGAUGGGCUACAUGCCCACAGCUGGUAUGACACGGCUGGUGCGCUCCAGGACUCACUCGGCCUCCAGCGUUGGCUCCACGGACGGCGUGCGGAGCCGCAGCGCCACCAACACGCUGCCAGAGGGCGCCAACUGCAGCGGGCCCAGACUCACAGCGGAACACACCAUCGAGAUGACGGCGUAGGACCGACCCCGCUCUGGUUCUCCAUCUACUCCUCUUCUUCUUCGUCUCCUGCACCUGGAACAUUCCUCCGUGUAGGACGCAGCCAAACGGUUCUACGUCGUAGUUGUAAACGUUCUUCCCAAAGACAAAGGUCACAGCUGACAUGGUUUAAAGUAGAGAAACGCCCUGAUACAGCUCUGGGUCUGACCGCUGGGGUUGGCUCUUUAGGACACUGAUGUUGGUGUGAACUCCUCCUUCUCUCUCCUCCUCCUCCCUUCUCUUUCCUCCUUCUCUUCUCUCCUUCCUCGUCCCCUCUUCUCUCCUCCUCUCUUCUCUCCUCCUCCCUGGGGGUUGUGAUUGCUGUAUCUGUAUCUGUACAGCUGGUUUAUAUAUAUUUACAUCCAGUUUGUUGUAAUUCUUCAGUAGAUUGUUUUCAGACCGGAUGAUCGUUUCUCUUCCUUCAGUUAUUAUUACUCUUAUUAUUAUAAUCUUUAUUAUUUUGUUAUGACUUGUUGAUGGUGGUGGUGUUGCUGUGCGGCUCGUUUAUGAAAUUAUUCUCCUACACAUGAAAAUACAGGAACUUUAAGGGAAAACUUCACCAAAAAUGUUGGUUUUAUUGGCCCAGAAACUGUUUUUAAUAUCAGCUCCUGCCCCGAAAUAUCUGAUACAAGUUUGUUGUUUAUGAGAAAACUGAUGAAAGAGCUGAAAUAAGACUGACAGUUAGUUAUACUAAACUCCAGGAAAGUUCCUCCUCUCCUCAUUCGCUGCUUCACGGCGCUCUCAGAAGCAGACAACUUUUUCUUCAGACAAAACUUGAAAGUACAGAAACAGAUGUCAAUAUGCAAUAAAACUGAAAAGGCUUGGGAGAAAAACUCUUCACACUGCAAUUAGAAAAUUGUGAUUAAAAAUGCAUUAAUGCAAUUCAAAAAAGUUUUGUUUGCAAAUGUUAAAGUUGCUAAAACCUUUUGAUUCAAAAGCAAAACUUUUGGGUUUGUAAAAAAGUUUUAAAUUUGCAUCAAUACAUUUUUUUAAUCACACAUUUAUUAUUUUUUUUUGUUUUGAAUUACAGUGAGGAAAGUUUUGUGCUCAAACUUCUUCUUUUUGAUUGUAUGAUAAAGACACAAAAGUAUCCCCGAUGUGAUGAGAAAAGAAAAAGAUCCUGUGAGCCUUUUAAAGAGAAAAUAAUUCUUAACUGAUUCUACAAAUAAUGCCAUUAUUUCAAUAAAGUUUCUCAUUAUACAGAC